AUGCAGGAGGUGGUGAAGAAACGGCCGAUAAUAUCUGCAAGAGAAAGAGGCCCGGGCCCCGGACGCUACGCUCUGCCCCCUACAGUCGGAUACAUCAACCAUGACUUCACCAAGCCCAGCAGCCCAGCUUACUCCUUUCACAGUCGACUGAGCAGCGCCAUGGUCUCAGUGGACUCCAGCCCAGGACCUAGGUACCACAUUGAUGCCAAGGUUACCCGUUUUGGGAAGAUGGAAACACCUUCAUACUCCAUUCUGGGCAGAGGAAGGAGCACCAGAACAAAAGGUGAGGUGUUCCAGACUCCUGGGCCGGGGGCCUACAGCCCAGAGAAAGCUCCCCCCGUCAAUGCUCACCACAGACCACCAUCCUACACCAUCGGCAGCCGCACCAGAUAUCGCUCUGUGGACGCUGUGCCAGCACCAAACAGAUACAGCCUUCCUAACCUGCUGGGCUGUCAGGUUCCCCAUAAACCAUCCAGCGCCAGCUUUAGCUUCUCAGGCCGCAGGAAGAUCGGAGCUCCAUCAGAGGACCUCUCUAUGAGCCCUGGCCCAGCGAAAUACAACAGCAUUCAUCCAGAUGUCUACCGCCAGCGUCAGCCCUCCUUCUCCAUGCAGAGCCGCACAAAAAGGCCUAAUAAUGCGUCUGAUAUCCCCGGGCCCGGCACCUACAGCCCAGAAAAAUCUUAUGUGCACCUCCCCAAACCUCCAUCCUGCACUAUGGGCAUCAGACACUCUGAGUUUGUCACACCACUCGUGGUGCAUGUAGUGGACUGAAAGGACAAACUAGUUCGAUACUCAUGCUUUAUU